CCAUACUAUCGCAGUCCGUCGACGCCACCCAACCGGCCAUUGUUGGACCAGAUAUGGACGCCAGUCUCUUCACAAAAAGAUUUCCAGACGAACCGCAGAGUAUGGCAAUGGCACGGUCGCAGUCACAGAGCCAGAUGGCGCCGCCGCCGAGGAUGCGAGCGGGGAAAGGGUAA